GCUCCAAUGGUAAGAACAUUCAUUAUUACGGUCCGGGGAAUGAUUAAUUGUGUUUUUUAACAUGCUAUUUUUUAUAUAAUUAAUCACACAAAAUUGACAUUAAAUCAAAAGCCCUAAUUUGAAAAUUUUUAAUAUAAUAUUAUUUGUUAUUUGUGGUGGUUGAUGUUUUAUUUACUUACACCAAAAGCUCUCCUGUGUGACAUCAUAUGUCCGUUGCAUUGUCCGAAAAAAAAAUUACAUGCCCUUAAGGCAGUUACAAUGGAAGUGAAUGGGGCCAUACCAUAAACGCUAAAAAACUUCAUGUUUCAAAAGUAUAGCCACAAGAUGUACACAUUAUACGUAUGUACAUUAUUUUUGUGUGAUAAACUGACAUUACAACCUUUACCAGGUUACAGGGUUUUACCAGUCCAUGUUACCAUCAUGGCAAUGAAAUUGAAAUAUUGAAUAUAAAUUCAAAAAUUGAAUAUAUAUAUAUAUCCUUUAUUUAACCAGGAAGGUCCCACUGAGAUACAAUAUCUCUUCUACCAGGGAGUCCUGGUCAAGAUGGGCAGCAUCAAAAAAUAAAUAAAAAAUCACAUAGAUAUACAAAAGACAUAAAAACCACACAGUAAACAAAUGUAUAUAUAAUAUAUAAAUAAUAUAUAUAAUAACGAACACGUCGUUGAAAAUCAUUUUGAAUACAAGAACAUAACUUGUAUUGAACUUGGAACAUUCCUUUAAAGUUUACUAAUGUACCCUCAUGUCAUACUUAACACAUGGUCAACUAUACUGUAAUUUAUUUAUAGGCUAUGCUUUCGAUUGCAAUAAAACUCCCAUUUAAACGAAACAAAAGUAUUGCAUCAGUCGCCAUGCACUUGUCUGUUUAAAUUCACUGCAUCUGCAAAGGGAGUGGAUCUAUCAUCCCUUCCCCCAUCACCACCACCACCAUCAUCAUCAUCACUGCCGGACCAGUGAGAGAACACAAGGCUGGGUACAUAAUUUCACCGUUAUGGCACAUGAAUUCACAGCAAACAGAGAAGGAGCCGCCAACUCACGUCAUGCCAAUCUCACGUCGUCCCUCGAUCUGAGCACGUCGCUAGAUCACAGCGUCCAGACUCGCAUUUUUAAAAUCAUUGUGAUCGGGGACUCAAAUGUGGGCAAGACCUGUUUAACCUUCCGCUUCACCGGCGGAUCCUUCCCCUGCAAGACUGAAGCAACCAUCGGCGUGGAUUUCAGGGAGAAAGCCGUGGAGAUCGAGGGCGAGAAAAUAAAGGUACAAGUAUGGGACACAGCAGGCCAGGAACGCUUUCGCAAGAGCAUGGUGGAGCACUACUACCGCAAUGUGCAUGCUGUCGUAUUUGUGUACGACGUCACAAAAAUUGUCUCUUUCCAGAACUUAAAGACCUGGAUUCAGGAGUGCAACGGGCAUGGGGUGUCAUCCGCUGUGCCUCGUGUCCUAGUGGGCAACAAGUGCGAUCUGAUUGACCAGAUUCAGGUCUCCUCCAACACUGCCCUCAAGUUUGCCGAUGCCCAUAACAUGCUGCUGUUUGAAACAUCAGCCAAAGAUCCAAAGGAGAGCCAGAACGUGGACUCCAUUUUCAUGUGCCUGGCAUGUCGUCUAAAAGCCCAAAAGUCUCUGAUCUACAGAAAUGUGGAGAGAGAAGAUGGUAGAGUCAGACUGACCCAUCAACCUGAACCUAAGAGUAACUGCCUGUGCUGAGGACCUGAAACUGUGAAAUUAUUAACGUUUAUGAUUUGCAACGAAACAAUGUGCCUGCAACUAAUGACAUUUUACUUUGUGACAACUGCUCCAUGACAUAGCCUUUUCUCUGUGUUUCUCUGUAUGUGCUUAUCUUUAUUUUACCAAUGUUUUCUCGAAUAACGUCAUCACUAAAAACAGCUUUAUGUCGAUGAAACACAUGGAGAUAUAUUAUAUAUAUAUCUAUGUCAACAACAAGUCUAGGUCAUAGUUCACCUUGAAAGCAAAUGGGGGGAAAAAAAUAAAUUUAAAGAGAAAAAAAAAAUAAGAAAGAUUUUGUUUUAAGAAAUCAGAGCUUAUUUUUAAUACCAUUAAAAUGUUUAGUAUUUUUAUUUUUGUAUUAUUAUUUUUAUUUUUUGCAUUGUAACAUUUAUCAUGACAGUUAAGCACAUUAAGUCCAAUUCUUUUUAAUGUAAUGCAAAAAGAAUCUCAUUCUGGUGCUUUAAUGUGAAGAAAAAAAUUACAUGUUAUCUGAAUUGUGAACUAUUUAUACUAAAGAUAGACUGAUUGACUUCUCCACUUAAUCGGUUAUAGGUUUAGAUCAGUUUACCGAUAAUGUUGGACACAAAAGACUUUACAUUUUAAAUAUUAAUUAAGUAAGGGGCUUUCAACAAGUGUAUAUUACAACUAAAAGUAGUCAAAUUAAUUAUUUGUCGACUGUACGCUAUAUAGAUUUGUAAAGCAGUUUAACAGAGGUUAGUGAUAAAUUAUUUAGUAGUUAAUGUACAUAAAAACAGAAAUAAAACGAAUAAAAAAUUGGUUAUGCAUUUCAGUUAUCGGACACUUAUACUAAAAAAUAAUCAGUAUCGUAUCGGUCAGUAAAAUUAUAUAUCGGUCGAUCUCUAAUUUAUACAUAAUGUUAAAAUGUGUUGUACUACCUUUAAUUAAUGCUGAUUUAAAGUAAAUUUUCAAAUCAUUUAAUUAUUCAUUGUACUGUAUAUCAUUAUACAGUACAAUAUAUUUUAUUACAGGAUUGUUUACAAUACACAGUAUGACCAUUGAGAAUAAAAAGUAAAUAUUAAAAAGUAAAACGUAAAUAUGCAAAUAAAUGAAAAAAGUAAAACGUCCAGACACAUUACAGUAAUGAGAAUUUAGGUGCAAAUGUGCUUGAUUUUCAUGAAAAUAUUAUCACAAUACAGUCUUAAUUGCUCUAAAAUAGGCUUCGUUUUCUUAAUGCAAAAUGUGAUUUCUAAUUUUAUUAACUUUAUUUGGUUUUAGAGUGACACUCAUCCAUUUGUGCGAAAAUGAUGUUGAAUUCCUCAUACUAAAUUCAGGGCAUGCUUUAUCUGCAAUAUCACUCUACUAAUCUAUAAAGGUUUGAAGAAACACCUUUGUCUGAUUUCCAGUCAUUUCGUUCAGUUACAUUCAUUUUGAUCCAUCCAUCAGUAUACAAUCAACUCAAAAUAUCACAUACUGCAAUAAGACUUAACAUCACCAACAUCAUCAGUUGAUGGUCUUAAUGUAUGAGCAGUCAGGAACUGCACCUGGAUUCUGAACCCUUAAGCGGUACAUGAAGUUUCACAUGAGAUUAAGUAAUUCAGACGUUUGAUUGCCUUAAAUAUUGGUCUCUGUUGCAAGUGAUUUCUCAUAGACUUGUUACUCGAUGCUAAAAAAAUAUUGAUAACAUUAACCCUCACUAACUGCAUGGAUGUAUUUGAUACUUUUGAUACUGAUAUUAGGAAAAUGUAAAAACAUUUCUAAACACUUGUUCUUUGGUGUUUAGUGUUUAGUGUUAAAUGGUAAGGGACCCAGCAAAAUAUUUAAUGCUAUUAGAUAACACUAAUUUACCACAUGUUGUACCUUGGAGACAAGUAGGCUAUAACAGUGUGUAGCAGCAAAACUACUACUUAAUAACACAUUAAUAUUUCACCAGCUUAAAGUGCUUCUUCCAAAUGCAAAAACGCUUAACCAUCUACGAAAUCAAGCUUCAGCAGGUUGAUGACUGUUCCAUGUUUAUUUAAAAAAGUAGAUUAACAUAGCAAAGAAAAGGCAGUAUUUAUAUAUCUAUCAGGUGGUUUCAGGUAGGUGUUGCUGAUUGGAAACUAAAUGUUGGUAUUGGAAUAAGUGAGUGCCCUGUGACUUAGUUUCAUUGCGUUAUCUCUAUCCACUGCUGCUGUCUGUUCUUUCUUUUGGUUUUUAAACAUUUAUUAGAACACAGUCUACUAACUCAGAAGUUGCUGUGUGUUUGCAUUUCCUGCAAACUUUUUUUUUUCAUGGUUUCAGCUGCUCUUUAUGCUUUCAGUUUUUUCUGGUUUCAACAGUGUUAGCCAGUGAAGCCUUACUCUAUUAUUUGUCAUGUGUUCAGAAGCCAUUGUAUGCUGUGUGACAUGUUACUGUAUGUUUGGUUAUGAGCACCAAAUUAAAUCUCAUAUACAUGUAUGCUGAAGCACUGAACCAAUUUAUUAGUUUAACAUUUUUUUUAAAAUAUGAACAAUUAUUGGGGCUCAUGUUUCAGAGCAACAAAUCUUAAACAUCUUAAAAUAUUUUAAAAAUGCACAUACACAAUAUAAUAUUAUUGAUUAAAGGAAUAGUUUACCCAAAAAUGAAAAUUCUCUCAUCAUU